AUGUCACAUCUUUUCAUACUCCUAUGUUCCAUCUUCUUCCUCUUAAUCCCAUCUUCGUCCCAGCUCAACGAGCUCUUCUACUCCGGAUUCAAUGAACUCAACACAAACAUCACUCUCUUCGGAAUAUCCGAGUUUCAAAAAAAUGGCAUUCUUCGAUUAACCAACGAGACCAGUAGAAAAAUGGGUCAUGCUUUUCACACCUUUCCAUUUCACUUCAAGAACUCCUCCAAUGGCUCUGUUUUUUCUUUCUCUACCUCUUUCGCCUUCGUCAUCGUCCCCGAAUACCCAAAACUCGGCGGCCAUGGACUCGCCCUCACUCUCUCUCCUUCCGUAGACCUCCCAACAACUCUUCUUAGUCAGUACCUGGGCCGUCUCAACGCCUUUGACAGUGGAAACUUCUCGAACCACUUGUUCGCAGUCGAGUUCGACACCGUUCAGGACUUCGAGUUCGGAGAUAUCAAUGAUAACCAUGUUGGCGUCAACAUCAACACCAUGGCAUCGAACAAGUCUGUUGCGGCAGAUCUGAAUCUGAAAGGUGGAAAACCCUAG